AUGGUAGACAAACGGAAGAAGUUUGAGGUGACCAGCAAAGAUCAGGUUGGUUUCGGGCGUGGAUUCGAUUAUGGAGGUGAAAGGCUGGUUCGUGGGGAGGAUAUGAACACGCUCGUACAGGCGUUUCUCCCAGUCGGGCUGGAAGGAUUGAGCUUACCAUCUGGUGAAAACGUGAAGGACCGCAACGCCAACUUCUUCGAGGAUCCAAUCCGACACCUAUUUGUGAUCUCCAGCAUCAUCAGACAGCGGCUCCGCUACACGAGGAGCGGCGAGCUCCCGCCAGAGCUGAACGGCGGCGCCGCCGGGGCGGGAGCGAUCUGGCGGAGCGGCCAGGGGAACUGCCAGGCGUUUUCGAUCGUUUUCGCCUCGAUUCUCAAGCACUUCGGGGUCGCAUCGCGAAUGAUGAGCCUGGCAAGUCCGGCAAGGCGCCCGGACGGCACACGGGCGCACCCUCCGCACAUGGUUCUCAUGAUUCUAUUUCCCGAGGAAGGCUUCCCAUCGACGGAAGAUAACCGUCACAGCGACAGGUGCGCAUGGUUGUGGAACCAUGGUCUUGACGAGCUGCUGACAUACGCGCACAAAGUUGGUUAUAGCGGCAAGGAUUAUAUCGGAGAUCGCCCUUUCAGGCGAAAGGGUGGCACGGAGGUGGAGCGGAAGCUGAAAUGGACGCAUGUGAGCAUCCACGCCAAAGCUCAUGUUCGCAUGAAUGCGGCGCCUGGUCAUUAUGCGGGUCUUCUUCAUUCGCCUUUGCAGAUGGUCGGCCAAUAUUAUGGACUUAUUAAAUCUGGUUUUUUAGAUUCAGGCGAUCGAUUCCAUUUCUCCUUGCAGGCAAAGGUGCGGUGGUCCAAUGCGCGCACUCCCACCGAAGACGAAGAGGAGGUGCACGGUAACGACGCAGAAGAUGCCCUGUCUGUAGCUUCCGAGAGCUGCUACAGUGACUCUGUCCUGUCGGAGGAGGAAGAAGGCGAACGCACGGCGAGUUCAUCUGCUUGUGUUUCCGAAAGGGUUCGCAAGGCUUCCGCCACAUCCGACGGCCUUUUCUGCUCGACCAUUCCUGCAGUGUGGCCUGCAGGCUGGCCUCUGCAUUACGUUGUGCAGCAUGGCCGGUUGUGUGGGCCUCGCGCAACCUUUUGCACUGUCUUCGUUUCAUGA